AAAAAAAACAAUUCAAUAAUACAUUCCUUACCAACCCGCUAAAGAAGGGUAAGUCAUCUUACCGUUACACUCCUAUUUACAGCGCUUUUGUUGACUCCUGUUGUGUGAUGAUCCUAUUCUUGUUGUUUGAUAUUUAUUAUUUAAUGAUGACUUGUUUUUAUUAACAUCUUUAUUACUUUUGAUCACAACAUCCAUCUCCAAAUUUUAUUUUCAUCAUCUAUUGGUGUCAUCACCUUUUGUUAUCUCAUCAUGUUAAUCACUUAUAUUGUGUAUUUUAUAACAAAUUAUAAAGAAAAUGAAAGCCUCCCGUUAUGAGGAACCUCUUCAUGAUGAAGAUGAAAAGUACGACAGACCAGCUGGAAAGAAAGGUGCCAGUAAGACUAGUAUGGAUGAACUCGAAAGAGGACAAAGAAAAGAUUUGGUUGCCAACGAAAUUGAAUUAGAGGAUAAACAAGAACCAGUCGAAGAAGCCCCAAUUACAUCAAACAUUGUCCCAUUCUUUACCCAUCCCGAUAUUAUUUUCGAUUGGCGUGCUGUUUUGGGUGAAUUUAUUGGUACCAUGCUGUUCGUUCUUAUUGGUACUUUGAGUUCUCAAUAUUCUUCACAAGUUCCAGGUGAUUAUAUUCGUGGUUCUUUGGGCCACAUUUUCGGUUUGAUUAUUGUCAUUCACGUCUUUGCUCCAAUUUCUGGUGGUCACGUUAAUCCAGCUGUUACUAUUUGUGUUUUGGUUACUCGUAAUAUUGGUAUCAUGUCAGGUAUUUUGUAUUUGAUUGCCCAAUGUUUGGGUGCUGUUGUCGGAUCAUCAUUAACUCUUUGGAUUUCUGGUGGUAUUGAUGGUGCUGUUUUCAUUUUACCAAAUGAUGACAUUACUACUGCUCUUAGAGGUUUCACUUCUGAACUCUUGAUGACCUUCAUGUUUGUCACUACUAUUUUCGGAGCUGCCGUCAAGGUUAAGCACUUGAAUACUCAAUCAUAUGCUUCUGCUCCUCACCAAGCAAGCAAGAUGGUUGAAAAUGAAAGCAAGAUCUUCUUGGAAGUCAACUUUGAACCUAUUGCCAAGAUCGUUUCUGCCUUGUACAUUGGUUUGGCCCUUGGUGCCAAUGCCAUGGCUGGUGCUUUAACUGGUGCUUGUAUGAAUCCAGCUCGUGCUUUGGGUCCAAUGCUCAUUUCUUGGUCAUUCUAUAAGCAUUGUUGGAUUUAUUACACUGCUCCAUUCUUGGGUGCUAUUUUUGCUGCUCUCAUGUUUGAAUUUGUCUUGACUCCAAACAAGGCUUGUGGACGUAUCUGUAACUUGUGUCCAAAGACUCACCAAGUUAUGAAGUUGGGUCAAAUGUGGAAGUAAAUGGAUUUCCAUUUUUCUACACUUGUUAUCUAGAUUGUAUCCUAAAUUUUUCAAUUUUUGUCUGUCUCAUUUCAAUAAAUAUAUAAUAAAUAAUAAUAUAAUAAU